AUGGCUAACAACAAUGAAACAGUGGUGAUGGUUAAGGAGGAAGAAAAACUGGAGGAGGAGGAGGAGGAGGCUUCAAUUGAAAAAGGCUUUGAAGGAAAAUCAGUGCCAACAUGGCAGAAACAGAUUACGGUUAGGGCUAUCAUCGUCAGUUUCAUGUUAUCGGUGCUUUUCACCUUCAUCGUGAUGAAGCUUAAUCUUACAACCGGUAUUAUUCCUUCUCUCAAUGUUUCGGCCGGAUUGUUAGGUUUCUUCUUUGUCAAGACAUGGACUAAAGUGCUUGAGAAAUCGGGUUUGCUUAAUCAACCGUUUACAAGACAGGAGAAUACUGUUAUUCAGACUUGUGUUGUUGCUGCAAGUGGCAUUGCAUUUAGCGGCGGCUUUGGUAGUUACUUGUUUGCAAUGAGUCCAACUGUUGCAAAACAAAGCGGCGCCGCCAGUGUCAUGAUGGAUGUUAAGAUUCCUGGUUUAGGAUGGAUGAUUGCGUUUCUAUUUGUUGUAAGUUUUCUUGGUAUAUUCUCCGUGGUUCCACUCCGAAAGAUUAUGAUUGUUGACUUCAGAUUGACAUAUCCAAGCGGUACUGCAACAGCCACUCUUAUCAACAGUUUCCAUACAACAGAAGGUGCCAAACUAGCAAAGAAGCAAGUACAAGCACUUGGAAAGUUCUUCUCCUUUAGUUUCUUGUGGGGUUUUUUCCAAUGGUUUUUCACUUCUGGUGAUUCUUGUGGAUUUUCAAGCUUCCCAACAUUUGGUCUAGAAGCCUAUCAAAGAAAGUUCUUCUUUGAUUUUUCAGCUACCUAUGUCGGGGUUGGGAUGAUAUGUCCAUAUAUAAUCAAUAUAUCACUACUCAUUGGUGGAAUUCUUUCUUGGGGUGUCAUGUGGCCUCUCAUCGAAGAUAAAAAAGGAGAUUGGUACCCUUCCGAUCUCAAACAAAGCAGUUUACAUGGUCUUCAAGGCUACAAAGUUUUCAUAGCCAUAGCAAUGAUUCUUGGUGAUGGUCUAUACAAUUUUGUCAAAGUUCUUGGCCGCACUCUUUACAGUUUGUAUAACCAAUUUAAACACAGCAGUGUAGCACCCUCCCAAGAUCUCUCACUUACACUUUCGUUUGAUGACAAGCGCAGAACCGAGAUGUUCCUCAAAGAUCAAAUACCCUCCUGGUUUGCUAUCUCGGGCUAUGUCAUAAUUGCAAUAAUAUCAACCGUAACCAUCCCUUACAUUUUCCACCAGCUAAAGUGGUAUCACAUACUUUGCAUUUACGUCUUUGGACCGGCACUGGCCUUUUGCAAUGCCUAUGGUUGUGGACUGACAGAUUGGUCCCUUGCAUCGACCUACGGAAAAUUAGCCAUCUUCAUUAUUUGUGCUUGGGCAGGCGCAGCGAACGGCGGUGUCAUAGCGGGUUUAGCAGCAUGUGGUGUCAUGAUGAACAUUGUUUCAACAGCUUCAGACCUUAUGCAGGACUUUAAAACGGGUUACAUGACAUUGGCUUCCCCGAAAUCCAUGUUUGUCAGCCAAGUUAUUGGAACUGCUAUGGGAUGCGUUAUAUCACCAUGUGUUUUCUGGCUAUUCUACCAUGCUUUCGGUACUCUUGGUCAACCUGGUUCAGAGUACCCUGCUCCUUAUGCACUUGUUUAUCGCAACAUAGCUAUACUAGGUGUGGACGGUGUCUCCGCUCUGCCGAAAAACUGUCUUGUACUUUGCUGCGUGUUUUUUGCUGGGGCAAUGAUUAUUAAUCUUGUUCGCGAUUUGGCCGGAGAGAAAUAUGCCAAAUUUAUUCCUGUUCCUAUGGCUAUGGCUAUACCUUUCUACAUUGGAAGCUAUUUUGCUAUUGAUAUGUGUGUUGGAAGCUUGAUAUUGUUUGUUUGGCAGAAGGUUGAUAGGGCUAAGGCGGAUGCAUUUGGAUCGGCUGUUGCUUCUGGUUUGAUUUGUGGAGAUGGCAUUUGGUCACUUCCUAGCUCUUUUCUUGCUCUUGGUGGUGUGAAGCCACCUAUUUGUAUGAAAUUCUUGUCUAGAGCAGCAAAUGUAAAGGUUGAUGCCUUCUUAGGAUCUUGAAUUUUAAUUAAUAUCAUGUUGCUCAUUUCUAUUCUUUUUGACAAAAAAUUUUGUACAAUUAUUUAUUUUAUCUCAGCUGUUAUUGGAUAGUCACUACUAUCCCCUUGAACUAUUGAAUUUUAUAUACAUAUCUUAACAGAUAUACUAUAUAUAAUA